AUGGCUAAAUCUUCUACCAAGGCCGCUAAGGUCACCAAGGCCACGAAAAAGCAGGAAUCCUCCAGCGAGUCCUCCUCUUCCUCGAGUGACUCUUCCUCCUCCAGCUCCUCCGAGUCCGAUUCUUCCUCGGACUCCUCAGACUCUGAAUCUGAGGAUGAGAAGCCUGUUGCCAAGAAGGAGUCCUCCCUGAGCAGCUCCAGCUCCUCUGAGUCCAGCUCUUCUGAGUCCGACUCUGAUUCUUCCAGCUCCGACUCGGACUCUGAUUCUGAUUCUGACGAUGAGGAAGAGAAGCCUGAGCCCAAGAAGGAGGCCAAGAAGGAGACCAAGAAGGAGGAGAAGAAGGAAGAGAAGAAGGAAGAGAAGAAGGAGUCCAGCUCCUCUGAUUCCGAUUCCGACUCUGAUUCUUCUUCCUCCUCCUCAUCCUCCUCCUCAUCCUCCUCCUCCUCGUCUGAUUCUGAUUCCGAUUCCGACUCAAGCUCUUCUUCCUCGUCCAGCGAUUCCGACUCCGACUCGGAUUCUGAUUCUGAGACCGAGGACCAGGAGGAGCCCGUCAAGAGAAAGGCCGAGGAGUCCGAAGAGUCCGAAGAGGCCCCAGCCAAGAAGCAGAAGACCGAGUCUACUCCAGAUGCCGAGCCUGCUACCCUUUUCGUGGGCAGAUUGUCGUGGAACGUUGACGACGAGUGGCUCAAGAGAGAGUUUGAGCCAAUUGGCGGUGUCACCGGUGCUAGAGUCAUGUGGGAGAGAGCCACUGGUAAGUCCAGAGGUUACGGUUACGUUGACUUUGAGACCAAGGCCGCCGCCGAGAAGGCUUUGGCUGAGUACCAGGGCAGAGAAAUUGACGGCAGACCAGUCAACUUGGACAUGUCUUCCGGUAAGCCCCAGACCCCAAGAAACCAGGACAGAGCCAAGAAGUUUGGCGACGUUCCCUCCGCUCCUUCUGACACCUUGUUCAUCGGUAACUUGUCCUUCAACGCCUCCAGAGACCAGUUGUUUGAGGUUUUCGGUGAGCACGGUAGCGUGAUCUCGUGCCGUGUUCCAACCCACCCAGACACCCAGCAGCCAAAGGGAUUCGGAUACGUCCAGUUCUCCUCUGUUGAGGAGGCCCAGGGUGCUUUGAACGCCUUGAACGGUGAGUACAUCGAGGGCCGUCCAUGCAGAUUGGACUUUUCCACGCCUAAGGAGCCAUCUGCUAGACCAGGUUCCGGCAGAGGUGGUCGUGGUGGAUUUGGAGGCCGUGGUGGCUUCGGUGGACGUGAGAGAUCGGCCACCCCCACGAGAUCUGGCCCCAACAACGCUCAGUUCCAGGGUAAAAAGAAGACUUUCGAUUAA